CCACCACAUCUUAUCAUAUUUAAUGCCUUAAGUAUCUCUCUAUCUCUCUCACACACACUCAUCAUUUUCUAGCAAACUCUCUAGCCUCUUCAAAUGGGCUAGGAAGGUUGAAUACAAAGAAAACAAACCCUAGCUUAAUUAAUUAACUUGCUUGUGUUGUUAAUUAAUUUGUUCAACAUGGAAGGAGGAGUGCCUGAAGCUGAUAUCUCUGCCUUUAGAGAAUGUUUGUCUCUAUCAUGGAAAAAUCCUUAUGUUCUUCGCCUUGCUUUCUCCGCUGGAAUUGGAGGCUUUCUCUUUGGCUAUGACACAGGAGUCAUAUCUGGAGCACUUUUGUACAUCAGAGAUGAUUUCAAAGAGGUGGAUAGAAAGACGUGGCUGCAGGAAGCUAUAGUGAGUAUGGCACUUGCUGGAGCAAUCAUAGGAGCUUCAGUUGGUGGAUGGAUCAACGAUCGAUUUGGGAGAAAGAAAGCAAUCCUUUUGGCAGAUACCCUCUUUUUUAUAGGGUCUAUUGUGAUGGCUGCUGCUAUAAACCCAGCUAUUCUGAUUGUUGGUCGAGUUUUCGUUGGCCUUGGGGUUGGAAUGGCCUCAAUGGCCUCACCUUUGUACAUCUCAGAAGCAUCACCAACAAGAGUUCGAGGUGCCCUUGUUAGUCUCAAUGGAUUCCUCAUCACUGGAGGACAGUUCCUUUCCUAUGUCAUCAACUUGGCCUUCACAAGCGCACCAGGAACAUGGAGGUGGAUGUUAGGAGUAGCAGCAGUACCAGCAUUGACACAAAUCAUAUUGAUGGUUUUGCUCCCAGAAUCACCUCGUUGGUUGUUCAGAAAGGGUAAACAAGAAGAAGCCAAAGAAAUUUUGAGGAGGAUUUACCCUCCCCAGGAUGUUGAAGAUGAAAUCAAUGCUUUGAAGGAAUCAAUUGAAACGGAACUCAAUGAAGAAGCUUCAGCUUCAAACAAAGUCAGCAUAAUGAAGCUGCUGAAAACCAAAACUGUGAGAAGAGGUUUAUAUGCUGGAAUGGGCCUUCAAAUCUUCCAACAAUUUGUGGGGAUUAACACUGUUAUGUACUACAGCCCCACAAUUGUGCAAUUAGCUGGUUUUGCAUCAAAUAGGGUUGCACUACUUCUAUCACUUGUCACUGCAGGGCUUAAUGCAUUUGGUUCCAUUUUAAGCAUAUAUUUCAUUGACAAGACUGGGAGGAGGAAGCUUUUGUUGUUUAGUUUGUGUGGUGUUGUGGUCUCACUUGUUGUUUUGACCGUGGCUUUUCAUGAGACUACCACUCACUCCCCUAUGGUCAGCACAAUCGAAACCUCUCACUUCAACAACACAUGCCCUGAUUACAGCACUGCUUUCAACCCUGGUGAAUGGGAUUGCAUGAAAUGCCUCAAGGCCUCUCCAGAAUGUGGCUUUUGUGCCUCUAGAGCUAAUAAGCUCUUACCUGGGGCAUGCUUGAUUUCCAAUGACACAACAGAAAAUCAAUGUCAAAAAGAGGACAGGCUAUGGUACACUAGGGGAUGUCCUAGCCAAUAUGGUUGGCUUGCAUUAGUUGGCCUAGCACUCUACAUCAUAUUCUUCUCACCUGGCAUGGGAACAGUUCCAUGGGUUGUUAACUCUGAGAUCUAUCCUCUAAGAUACAGAGGAAUCUGUGGGGGGAUGGCAUCUACCUCAAAUUGGGUCUCUAAUCUCAUUGUGGCCCAGUCCUUUCUGUCCUUGACACAAGCCAUUGGGACCUCAUCUACAUUCAUGAUAUUCAUAUUCAUCACUGUUGCAGCCAUUGUGUUUGUCAUUAUUUUUGUGCCAGAAACCAAAGGACUUCCGAUUGAGGAAGUGGAAAACAUGCUGGAAAGAAGAUCUUUGAACUUCAAGUUUUGGCAGACAAGUCCUGACUCUAAUGAUAUACCAAUAAAGCAGAAGAAUCAGUCAGUUUGAGUGAAUAAGUUAAAUAUAUUGUGAUGUUAAUUAAUGUGGUGGUACAAGUAGGGAACUAUGGGAUUGGACAAUAAAUUAAAGGAGUAAGAUGACAUAUGUUAGAUUAGCAUUAUAUAAAUGCACUAGGUCGGUCUCGUAAUGGAAGGUUUGAGAGUAUGAAAGAGGUUUGAGUAGGUUUUAACCUUGGUAUGAUUAUUGCACACAAAAACAAAAUAGCAUUGUAUAUUUAUUGCUUUAUCUUCUGUAUAAUUUUUUAAAAUUUGGGUCAUUGUGUAUACUAUUUAUUUGCUGUUACGAGUUA